UCACUGCGCUCACUCAGUUCCUCCGUCGCCGCCGUAGGGAGUGUGUUGCCGUUGCAAGGGAGCGUAUCGUCGCGCCGUGUCGUUCCCUUCGCAAUAGUGUCGCGACGGGUGUUAUCACUCGCGUUCCCAAGACGCUUAAUUACGCUCUUAGACGUGCUCUCGCCGAUCGCCGCCGCGAUACUUCGCUAUGGAGACUCGCAACUUUCGUGCGACCCGGUGAAGCGCCACGAGCGCUAUCGCGCGAUCAAUUUCAGUGUGUACGAGACGCAGUGAAACCAGCGUCUUUCCGGCGCGCCGCGAAAUCUCAAUUGCACGAUAUCGCCAAGUGGUCGGAGCGUAACUCGAUCGCCCCGGGAUCUGAUUCGUUCCUGGAAUCCGUUGGAGGAAAUCCUCCUCCGAGGCGAGGAACCGAUAGAGGAGAAGUUAACGGAAUACGCAGCCGGAGAUUGCAGCCGUCGGCAGGACGUGCCUCAAGUUCACUCGACCGAUAUCUGUGUCAAGGAUCGCUCGGCUCCGAAUUUUCCCGGAGCUCCCGGCGGGAUAUAUAAACGAGGCCCGGACCUCGACAGUGUGUUUCGUGUGACAGUGACAGUUUGGUUUUGUUUCGAUUUGUCAUUUUUUGUGCGAUGUGCUACCGUCCCACCGUUCUCCGUAUCUUCUGUCUCGCGUAGUCGGAGCUCGGAACCUCACGAUGGAGUGCCGCAAGGGUCGACGGAAAGAAGCGCCGAUCCUCGUCGGGCUGCUGCUUGCAUGGCUCUUAACCAACGGCUGCGCCGUCGUCGCGCGAAAUAUAGAGAGGUACGACACCGCAUACGCCUGCGAGGGCAAAACGUUGGAAAUCGAGUGUGGCGAGGGGAAGCUGAUCCACCUGAUACGGGCGAACUACGGCAGGUUCUCCAUCACGAUAUGCAACGAGCACGGGAACACCGAAUGGAGCGUCAACUGCAUGUCGCCCAAAUCGUUCCGCGUGCUAAACAACGAGUGCAACGAACAGCAAAAUUGCAGCAUUGUUGCGUCCACGCUGCAAUUCGGCGAUCCUUGUCCGAACACACACAAAUAUCUCGAAGCGCACUAUCGAUGUGUGUCUGCAGCCACCACCACGACGACGACUCGGCUGAGUCCGCCGUGGUUCGCAACUUCGCAGCCGAGUGUCUGGAGUACCGCUAAGCCGACCGUCAGGCCUCCCUCGAGGAUUACGGUACCGACAGCGCAACAGCCCCCGCAGCAGCCACCGGCGCCGUCCACCCCGGCGAUGCCUAUAACAACGCCGGCGAGCCCUACGUCAACAAGGUCCUUCGCCGACAUCGAGGUCGACGAAGAGGAUCAGGACUUAAUACCUCCUGCGAACGGUCCUCCGGCAAAUGGCCCGGCAAUGACGCCGAUUAUACCUGAGACCACUCAAGCUACGACAACGUCCACCUUCGCUCCCUGGAGAACCAGUCGAAGGACCACCGUACCUAGCACGUUGUACCCAGAGUCCAGCUCGAAUGGUCAAUGGUACGAUUAUGGUAGACAGGUGUGUCCCCCGAUGGCAGCCAGGAACUUAUCCUGGAACACGACUAGAGCCGGCGACGUGGCCGUGCAAAGCUGUCCUGGUGGUGCCAAUGGUUUAGCCAGAUGGCGAUGUCUCGUCCACGGUGAUUCUGCCUUUUGGCAUCGCGAUACUCCAGACUUGAGCGAGUGUCGGUCCGUCUGGCUGACCACGCUAGAGAAUCGAGUGACGGAGGGCGACGUGAUCCUGGGCAUCAGCAGAGAGCUCUCGCAGGUGACCAACAACAGUCGUGGUUUGUACGGCGGUGACAUGAUGAUCACCACCAAGAUCAUCAAAAACAUGGCCGAGAAGAUGGCGCUGGACAUAAAGACUUACCAUGAUCUAAGUCAGAGGGAGGUCAGCGUCACGGAGCUGUUGCAGGGCGUAGUGAGGACCGGCAGCAAUCUACUCGACAAGGCGCAAAUGGCGUCCUGGAAAGAUCUCAGUCAUCAGGAGCAGAUGAGGGUCGCCACGUCGCUACUGAUCGGUCUUGAGGAGAACGCCUUCUUAUUGGCCGACACGCUCGGACACGAUAAGACCAUCAUACACGAGGGCAAAAACAUACUGAUGGAAGUUCGCGUACUGGACACGCGUAACAUCGACAACGAGCUGGAAGUUUUCCCCAGCGAGGCCGUCCAGCAAAAGUGGACCGUCUCGAACGAUCGUGUGGAACUUACCAGGGGCGCUUUGGUGGAUAGCAGCGACAGCAACAUCGUGCGGCUAGUCUUCAUGGCAUUUGACAGACUCGAGGAGAUACUGCAGCCGCAAGCCGAGCCGCCAUCCGUCGUCAUGAACGACGAUCCCCAGCCCGUGUCGCGGAGGAACACCACCCGUAUUCUCAACAGCAAAGUUAUCUCGGCGUCCUUGGGAAAAGGCCGGCACAUACAGCUCUCGGAACCCGUCCGGGUGUAUUUCAGGCAUCUGGUGGUCGAGAAUGUCACCAACCCCACUUGCGUCUUCUGGGAUUACAUCUUGAGCGCGUGGUCGGACGAGGGAUGCCAGAUACAAAAGACCAACGAGACUCACACCGUGUGCGAAUGCAAUCACCUGACGAACUUUGCCGUGCUGAUGGACGUGCACGCCGUCAGACUGGACAUCGCUCAUCAAGUCGCUCUGCAGAUCAUUACGUAUAUAGGCUGCAUCAUUUCCGUCGUUUGUCUCGUUCUGGCCAUUCUCACGUUUCAAUUAUUUCGCGGACUAAAGUCGGAUAGGACGACGAUUCACAAGAAUCUCUGCGUGUGCCUGUUGAUAGCCGAGGUACUCUUUGUUUGCGGGAUCGGUCAGACGAAUCAGAGGAUCGUCUGCGGCAUCGUGGCCGGUUUAUUGCACUUCUUCUUCUUGUGCGCGUUUGCCUGGAUGUUCCUCGAAGGAUUCCAAUUAUACGUGAUGCUGAUCGAAGUCUUCGAGGCGGAAAAAUCUCGACUUCGAUGGUAUUAUCUGGUCGCAUAUGGCGCACCGCUGCUGGUUGUAGCAAUUUCCUGCAUAAUUGACCCACUCAGUUAUGGUACCGAUCGGUAUUGUUGGCUACGAGCGGAUAAUUAUUUCAUCUUCAGCUUUGUUGGGCCUGUGAUACUCGUUAUAUUGGCGAAUCUGGUAUUUUUAUCAAUGGCGAUCUACAUGAUGUGUCGGCACGCAAACACCACCGUGGCCAUGAAGAGUAAAGAGCACUCCCGACUGGCUAGCGCAAGUGGAAAGGAAGAGAAUGCUCUUCCCAACAAAUUGCAAGCGCACUUGGCCUGGCUGCGGGGCGCUAUCGUGCUAGUGUUUCUACUAGGUCUGACCUGGACGUUCGGGCUCCUCUACUUAAACCAAGAGUCCGUUGUGAUGGCGUACAUCUUCACCGUAUUGAACAGUCUCCAGGGGCUGUUUAUCUUUGUGUUCCAUUGCGUACAGAACGAGAAGGUGAGAAAGGAGUACAGGAAGUUCGUGCGUCGCCAUUCCUGGCUGCCGAAAUGCCUGAGGUGCUCGAAGACGGUUACGGGCGGCACGGCCGGUUCCACCGGUGGCAGCGGCGGCACCGGAGGCGCCAACGGCGGCAAGGACUUCGCCUCGCACAACACCUCGUCGAAUCCGUCAGCCCCUACCACCGACAGCUCCGGACUGUCACCCCAUGCGGCCACCAAUUACUUGGUAUCCGGUCGAAGCUGGGCGAUAGUCGAUAGGCAGCCGGCAGUACCGGUGCCAGAUGAAUCCGCCUCGACCGAGGCUCACAUCGUGGCCACCCUGCCGUACGCACGUCACGCCUUCUUACCCUCAGCUCCCAAUAUCCCCAAAUCUGCCACCGCCACUUGGGGCCACCUUAACAAAAACCUCAUGUGGAAGAACAUUUCUUUUAAGUCCUACUCCCGCGACUCCGGACACGGCGGCUCCGAACAGGAGGAUUCCCCGCGGACGCACAACACCCUGACCCUCGGCCACUCCGGCAGGAGACGCGGGCCGAACGACGGCGGCGAGAUGAACACCGGCACCAGGACCACCGGCGGCGGGAGACGCGCCGCGAUGCCCUACAAUCACACGUACACCGAGAUCGUGGACGGUCGCGGCAACGGCGGCGUCGGGCAUCAUCAGUUGCACGGUCACCACGGCCAGCACGUGCACCUGCCGCGCGGCCUCAUCAACGAGGACGACCCGGUGUACGAGGAGAUCGAGCGAAGCGGCGCCGGCGGCAACGGAAACGGCGGCGUCGUCGGCGCCGGCGAGAUCCAGGUAUCGGACAUGUCCGACGAGGACGGUCGACGGCAGAGCGACAUGAGCAGGCAGUCCUCGAGGAGCUACGGCGAUCAUCGACCCCUGAUCCCGUACUCGCCCGCCGCCGAUCGCAACCUGGCGCAUUACGGGGGCCAGACGAUGACGGAGCGCGGCGGCAACGCCGGCGCCAAUCUCGCGCAUUACGACUCGACGGAAUAUGGGCCGACGGUGGAGCGUACCCUCAACGCCUGCUGGGAGAAGCUGCGCCGGCAGCAAGCCAGGUAUGAACUCGGGGACCUGCCGCGGCUACCGGCGGCGUACGGGAUGCCGCCGCAGCAGGACCACACGCGGACGGUGGCCGUGCUGGACGGUCACACCGUCGUCUGCCACCUGCAACCGCAGACGGACAUGUACACGGGCCGCGGUAUGCCGCCGCCGUCCUACAGCGAGUGUUAGGUCCUGAUCCGAGGCUCGAGGACCUUUCUUUCUCGUUCUCCCGCGAAGGACGUUCUCCGAGUGACGGCGUUGAAUCGUCUGGACGGUUUGUCCCGUCCGGGAUUUACAUCAAGUGGCUGGAGAGAAGAGGGUGAUGACGGUGAUAACGAUUCGUUCCUGAAGAGAACAAUCACGUUGAUUCCCAUCCGGGGAAUCCGCGGGAGACGGACGUGCCGCUUUUUAGCUCAAGCGUAAGCGCGACGGUGCUUUGAUGCAGGUCGUCGCGUUUUAGCCAUAAUCGACGUAUCGCGAGCGUUCUAGGGAGCGCCGCCCUUGUCUCCGUUCAGGUGGAAUUUCGGAUCGGUCGUCUCCUCGGAAUGAGCGGGACGAGAGGGAAGAAGGGAUGAGAGCGAGCGAGAGAAAGAGCGAAUGCGAGAUCGACGGGUGUCCAACUAGGCUGCCACGUCGUCCAACCGACACCCGCGUCUCUUAGGAUACGUCGUAUCGAUGCGUGCGUGAGUUCGUACCACCGCAAGACGCGGAAUCUGUAUAAUAGAAUUGUAGAACCUCUCGUUUAAGCUAAGUCGACGACGAGCCCGUCGUGGCCGGGCGUUUGGAAUUGGCGAACUGAGUGCGCGGAUAAAAAUCGGAACGUGACGAGUCCUGAUGGGAUAGGAGCUUUGCGAAGUCCGAAGCGACACGAUGAUCAGAGGUCUCGAAAAGAUUUAUUCUGAAUUUAAACGCCAUAUUUUUGUGUAUUCCAUACGAGCGUAACGAACCAAAGUUUUGUUAUCUCGAUGUUAAAGGCAGCUCGUGGAAAUUUUGGCAUAAUAUUUAUCGCAUAUGAUUAAUCGAGAGAUAUAUUAAUUGAGUCUUAAUAUAUAAAUACGCUAUGUAUAAUUUAUAAAAGUAAUAACUUUAUAUGUUUUUAUAAUAAUGUUGAAUACGUUUCAGAUAAUUUAAGAUAUUUGUUUUCAAGAGAUUUUCGCUGCUACGAUUUUAUCCCAGUAAUCAAUUUUCUUUAUUUAUUUUAAUAAUAUCUAUGUAUUUGAUUUUAUAUAUUUAUAUUAUUGAUUCCAGUUAAAACGCGCAUGUUUUAAAAUUAUCCUGCGAAUUGUGAGAAAAAUAUAAUUCAGCUUUUGAAUAGAUAUCGAAUUGUUCGGGCAAGCAUACGCGCCGUAUCGUUUCUAGAAAUCAUUUCAUCCAAUAUAUUUCCUACAGCAAUAACAUUCUAGUGUUAUCGAGAUCGAAACAGAUCCUAUCUUCGUGCGCGACGGACUUCGAGGGAGGAGAUAUUACGUGAGCAUCAUCGAUACUCGGCACAUCUGCGUCAACCCUUCCCAGACCCGCGCCACCGCCGCAUUGAUUGUAACGGGUCGGGAAGGGUUACGGGACACGACAAACCGCGUAUCGUAAGCUGGCAUUCAGUAUGGUAAGUGGAUUCACCGGCGGCUCAGUCGUCACUCGUCCGGCAAUAUUAGGUGUCGCGUUGAUCGUAGUAUUAAACGCGGUUCACCGUAUAGCCGAAUGUAAACCACGUGUAAAUCACAGGGUGAUAUACAUAUCGUUUGCAUCUAGCUAGCUAUGGCGAGUUGCGUUUAAUAUGCCGCUUAAACGUCACGCCGAGUAUCACCGCAUUGCGACGAAUGAAUCGCCUUGUCGAUCACCGUCGACUCUUAUAUAAGUAUUCGGUGAGGCAAAGCUUUCCAAACGUGGGUGGUCGGCGUGGCUGCUCCCAAUUCUUAGAAAAACAGGCAUUGUAAUAUAGAUUUUUAGACAUAUCGCCUCUGGCCGAAUACGCGUCGUCAACGAUGCGCCGGUGUCGUCGUCAAGUCGAGGAUCGACACGUGCUGAUAUCUUGAUCCUUAUGCGGGAUUACAACGGCUCGAUAAAGGAAUAUUUUAACCUGUGAGAUGGGAUCGCUGUAGCGAUAUUAACUUCACGCCAAGAUGAAAACUACGACGUUAAUUUCUGAAAAUUUAAUCGAGAACAUCGAUGAUAUUAUUUUUGUUUUAAUAUAACUGAAAUUAAAAAAUCUUUUUAUAUUGUGACACAAAGUAACGCAGUUGAAGCGAUCUCACCGCACGUUAAUUAUAUUCUUUGCUUCACUUCAACGCCUCUUGAUAAAUGUGCUAUUUGCAUUGUGCAAAAUAUUUGUUAUGAAUAUUUGCAAAACACAUACAAAACAUAUUAUUUUACAAUUUUAAAUGCGAGAAAUAAUCGGCUUCAGGCAUGUGCGCUCUGAGCUUCUAUAGUAUUGUUUUUUUGUUUAUUUUUUA